UCAACGAUUUUCGGCCUGUUGUGCGCAAUACUGCGCCCGUACGCCGCGCACAGACACCCAGACAGAUUCUCGGCGAGAACCUGGCUGACUCUGGACGACGAGAUGGACGACGAGCCGCUGCAGAACCCAGCAGUGCGCACGUCGCUCAUCAACGGAAGCAAUAUUGCUGCAGAUAUCCAGGGCGCGCUGGCAGCGCAUAUGGUACCGGGGCCGUCGGACUUCUAUCCAUCCAACGAAGAUUCGGACGAAGGCGAUUCGAUCAUGGGCAGUGCCCUGGAGACCCCCGACAACGACAACACCGACAACACCGACGAGGUGGGCCGCUACGCGCUGUGUAUCCGGCACAUUGAUGCGUUUAGCACGUCAGAUGCUGAGAUUACGGCUUUUUCGGACGAGAUGUUCAGCGAAGUCCUCUACCGCGCGCUGUCGGUGUUUACACUGGCGCCAGCCCUCAAAUCGGGGCUGUGCCUUCAUGCGCAGGUGCAGCAGCGCAACCUAGUGCCGCUCAACAACGACGGGCAGGUCUCGUCGUUCCUCGACUACCUGCGCGAGGCUACACAUGCCACGGUGCCCGAAUCCGGCGACAUCAACCCGUCCCUGUGCACAAUUAUCCUGUCAGACAAGUCGCUUCCACGUAGCCGCCUUCUGCCUGAUGCAGCCCAUGACGCGGCCGAAGACGACCCGUACAUGGACAUUGACGACAGCUCUAAAAAUAUUCUGCGCACGUCCAUCGCCACAUCGCUCAGCGAAAGCGUCGGGGUUGCGGCCAGCGACUCGGAGAGCAUCAUGACUAACCAGAGCCCCGUCGAUACCCUGCGCAAGGACCUGCCUCUGCCGGCUACUGCCUCAAAAGAAACAGCCGUAGAGGCUCCCUUAGACCGCAAUGAACCUAGCGCCCCAACAGACCGAAACCCAAGAGGCACCCCUCCCUGACUCGCGCUCGGUGGUCCAGGGUCUACUGCGGCGCAUUCAGCCGCCGUUGUCGCGGCCGCCACAAAGCGCUAUCGACCGAGCCUAAGCGCAACACAGUGCAGCUGUCAGGGCUUGGCUCAGUCGUUGGCGACCUUCCUGACGCCCGC